AUGCCAUUUCCACCCUCGCCGCUCUCCGCUCUACCUUCGGACUACCAGGCUCCCCUAGCUAUGAUCUAUCUCUAUCAGCAGAAGAUAGGAUCAUUGCUUUAUGCCACAAUUAUGACACGGCCUGAUGCCGUAAAAGCCACACAAAUACUUUCGGAACACCUCACUAACCCUACCGAAAAGCAUAUAGACGCUGCAGACAAAGCCAUAGCCUAUCUAUACUACACUAGAUAUAAGGCUAUAGAGUAUUCCCCCGUGCAGUCCGAUAAUCCUACCUUUGUGUGUGUAAGCGAUGCAUCCUAUGCAGACAAUAUCGGACGAAAAUCAUCAGAAGGCUAUAUAGCCUACCUAUUCAAUGGUCCGAUAGACUGGAUUGCAUGGAAGCAGAAGACGGUGACGACAUCAACGACAGAAGCCGAAUUGCUUGCUAUUUCAUCAGCUAACCUUGACCAGGAAAGGCUUAGUGUCCUUUGUGACAACAAACAGACCGUGGACCUCCUUACUAAGGUCAAUUCUUUGUUCCGCACAAAGCUUAGGCAUAUUGAUAUCCACCACCAUUGGUUACGACAAGAAAUAGUGGCCGGAAACAUCGAUAUUGCCUGGAUUGAGACCAAUUCUAUGCCUGCGGAC